AUGGCGAAAUCAUAUUCCAAGAAGGUGAAGGCCAAGGUCACACCAGUUGACAAGCUGGCGGAAAACAAGCCUUUGAGCAACAAGGAGAAACGUCAGCUCAAGAAACUGCAAAAAGAGGUUGAAUCUGAAGAAGUCCCAGAAGCUGAAGUCUCUCAGGAAGAAGAGGACGAUGAGUCCGAUAUCGAGGCCAUAGAAUCCAGACUUGACUUGGAUAUUCUUGCGAAUAGUGACGAAUCUGAUGAUGACGAAAACGAUGAGGAUGAAGCCAGUGUCUCUGAAGACGAUGACGAAGAGGUUGAGGAAGGUGAAGAUGAAGAAAUCGAAGAAAUCGAAGAGGAGGAAGAGGAGGAUGAAGAGGAUAUACCACUUUCAGACGUUGAGGUGGAUUCAGAUGCGGAUGUUGUUCCUCACACCAAGCUGACGAUAAAUAACACUGCUGCUUUGAAAGAGUCCCUGUCCCGUAUCCAGCUCCCAUGGGCAAAGACGCAGUUCGACGAGCAUCUGUCCAUUGACUCUACCACUCCUGUCGAGCCCCAAAUCAAAGACAUUUACGAUGACACAGAACGUGAGUUGGCAUUUUUCAAGCAAGGUUUGGACGCUGCCUUACAGGCACGUACCAAGUUGCAGAAGCUGAAGCUUCCGUUUUCUCGUCCAAUGGACUACUUCGCAGAGAUGGUCAAGUCCGAUGAGCACAUGGAGAAGCUGAAGGCCAAAUUGGUGACGGAGGCUAGCGAGAAGAAGGCCAUUGAAGAGGCCAGAAAACAAAGACAGCUCAAGAAGUUUGGAAAGCAGGUUCAACACGCUACUCUGCAGGAUCGUCAAAAAGAGAAGAGGGACACUCUGGAUAAGUUCAAGUCUUUGAAGCGCAAGAGACAAAACAACGAAAUAGACCAGGAUGAGUUUAGCAUUGCUGUUGAAGAGGCUGCCGCUGCCAAAGACGAACACGCUGACAGAAACAGAGGUAAAAGUUCGAGACGUGUAGCCAAAGACAAAAAGUUCGGGUUUGGAGGCCAGAAGAGGUUCAAGAGAGUUAAUGAUAAGGAAAGUUCAGCUGACGUCUCUGGUUUCAAUGCAAAGAAAAUGAAGGGAAACUCAAAGGCUCGUCCAGGCAAGAGUAAGCGUUCAAGAAGGCACUAA